CUAGCUUUUAGUUUGGCGCUAUGUCUGGACGCGGGAAAGGCGGGAAGGGUCUUGGAAAAGGUGGCGCUAAGCGUCACCGUAAGGUACUCCGUGAUAACAUCCAGGGUAUCACCAAGCCCGCCAUCCGCCGCCUGGCCCGGCGCGGAGGAGUGAAGCGCAUCUCCGGCCUCAUCUACGAGGAGACCCGCGGUGUGCUGAAGGUGUUCCUGGAGAACGUGAUCCGCGACGCCGUCACCUACACGGAGCACGCCAAGCGUAAGACAGUCACCGCCAUGGACGUUGUCUACGCGCUCAAGCGCCAGGGCCGCACCCUCUACGGAUUCGGCGGCUAAACUUUCUCAUUUUCCUCACCCAUAAACCAAAGGCCCUUUUCAGGGCCACU